CUCUCAUUUUAACAGCUGCCAGGAUUCAGGUUUCCAAAGUCUUUGGGAGUUAGCAGUAGAGAAUAAGGCCUAACAAUGGCCAACUUUGGAGGACAUGCCAUUCCUGGCUCUUUUUUCCUGUUGCUUGGCUUUUGGCUAACCGUGAAACACGUUCUCCAACACUACUGGAGGACAAGUCAGCCUAAAGGAAGACACAUAAUGCCCCCUUUCUUGAAAAAAAUGGACUUCUUGGAGGGAGGAUUUAUAAUCUUUGGUUCAUUUGUUGGUAUUAUGAUUGAACAGUUUGUGGUGGAUGGGCCACAUGCCCAUCUCUACGACAAAGAGAACAAUUCAUGGGUCAAGCUGAUGAACUGGCAGCACGGCACAAUGUAUCUGUUCUUUGGGAUCUGUGGAAUAGCACUGGUUGCCAGUAGUGCAUCCAAACUGGUGCCAGCUGGUGUUGACCGCCUUGCACUCGCCGUGGCUCUUUUUGUUGAAGGGUUUCUGUUUUAUCACCACCUUCACAAUCGGGCCCCUCUGGACGCUCACAUCCACUCCCUGCUGCUCGUGCCUGUGUUCAGUGGAUCGGCCAGCACCAUGUUGGAGGUGUUCAUAAGAGACAACAUUAUUUUGGAGCUGUUAAGAGCAUGCCUGUUCAUCCUGCAAGGCUCGUGGUUCUAUGAGAUUGGAUUUGUACUUUAUCCAUUAAGUGGACCGGAGUGGGACCUGAAACUGCAUGACAAUCUCAUGUUCAUUACUAUGUGCUUCUGCUGGCACAUAGCUGUGGCACUGCUUUUAGUCACCUGCAUCUCCUCUGUGGUUUGGUUCACAGUGAAGCGGUUCUCAGGAAGGGGACUGGACAUAGAGAUUGGAAUGCGAAGUACAUCCUCCAAAGCAAGCUCCCAGAAAGCUUUGCUUGAAGAGUCGGAUGAAGAGUGAAUGCAUGAUUAUGGUUCUUUAAAAUUUUACUUACAUUC